AUGGCUUCCUUUUCUUUUCUUCUUCUUGUUUUGCUUCAUGCACUUAUGGCUUUCACUACUGCCUUUGCAUAUUCAGAGGGUGUGAGCAUGGAAGAUGGUGAGCUUUUAGGGCUUUUUGAGGUAAUGGGUUCACUCUUGGCUGAUCCCACGUGGGCCCAGGUGCACCCACAGCCAUGCACAGAGACACCAUGGCCUGGUGUUCAGUGUGAGCUUAUGGUUCAAGAAGAUGGUGGUGGUGGUGAUGAUCAACAAGAUUACAACCCUACAAUCUUUCAUGUGACCAAGAUUCAUAUUGGCACGGACGUCCUCACCCCACCCUGCAAACCCACUGCCACUUUGUCUCCAAAAGCUCUGCUUAAGCUUCCAUAUCUCAAGACUCUAUCUCUUUUCAACUGUUUCACUGAGUCACCAUUCUUUCUCUCUUCAUCCCUCUUUGAAAACAACUCUCUCUCAUCUUUAGAGCAUUUAGCACUUGUCUCAAACCCUAGUCUCCAUGGCAGUAUCCCUUCAAGUUUAGGUCACAUUCAGGGCUUAAAGAUCCUCUCCCUUUCACAAAACAACUUAACUGGUGAAAUCCCAGAUGAGAUUUGUGGGCUGGUGAAUCUCCAAGAGCUUGACCUCAGCUACAACCAGAUCACUGGCUCAGUCCCUCAAGAAAUUGGAUCCCUGACAAGUUUGACCAUCUUUGACCUUAGCUACAACAUGCUGCAAGCCCAACUGCCAUCUUCUUUUGGUCAACUUCAGUCUCUUCAAAAGAUUGACCUGGGAUCCAAUGACCUUACUGGAAGGAUACCUCAGGAACUUGGAAAUUUGAGCAAGUUGGUGUUGUUAGAUCUGAGUCAUAACUCUCUAAGUGGGCCAUUGCCUGAAUCUUUAGCAGGUCUGAAGAUGGUAGAGUAUUUGGUCAUUCAAGACAACCCUAUAAACACAGGUAUGCCCUUGUUCAUUGGGUCACUGGGUACCCUUAAAGUUUUGAGCUUUUCAAGAUGUGGGUUGAUGGGACCAAUCCUAACUUCUUUGUCAAAAUUAAAGAAUCUGACUGCUUUGUCUCUUGACAACAACAGACUCAAUGGGACUGUCCCUUCAAACAUAGGGUCACUCCAAAGUCUUGAACAAUUAAACCUGAGUCAAAACCAACUCAGUGGAGACCUGGUGGUCUCAGAUGAGUUCAUAAGUAGGGUUGGUAAGAGGCUUGAUAUCAUUGGAAACAGUGGGCUUUGCAUAAAGAACACUACUUCUUCCAGUACUGAAGUGAAAAGCCCUAAUUCUUGUGUUAAUGCAAGAAGUAGGACUGGUGGAAAUAAGAGCUCAUGGGAUGAAGAAGAAGAAGAAGAAGAUGAAGAUGAUUCAGAGGAAUGUGGAGAUCUGAACACAAGUUUACACCAAAGAAAUAGGUGUUCAAGGAACCAUGAUCAUCAUGGAUAUGGGUUGAAUCAGAUGUUUUUGUUAAUGGCUUUUUUUGAUAUUUUAGGGUUCUUAGUUUAG